AUGGAUAACCAUCCCGUUCGAGUAAUCAAUAUAAUUCAUGGUCAUCCGGAAGAGGAUGAACAACCAGAGAAUUCCUACAGGAUGCAGCUCAAGCAAGCCCAUAAGUUACGGAGGAUUGGUGAAAUCAAUGCUGUUGGCUGCAAACUCAGCCCUACACAGGUUUCCUUCAGUAAAGGAGAUCUCAAGAGGGUACAACAUCCACAUGAAGACCUAUUAGUGAUUAGUCUUCUAGUGGCUAAUUGCCUGGUCAGACGCACACUGAUCGACCCUGGCAGUAGUGCCAACAUCAUAACGAAGUGGACUUUUGAUCAACUGAAGUUAGCCGUAGAUCAGAUUCGCCCCACCGGCAAUCCUUUGGUAGGAUUCAAUGGAAGGAGAGUAGAGCCCUUAAGUGUAAUCACACUAUCAGUCACUGUGGCUAAAAGAUAUCUGAAAGAGAACUUGAUGAUUGCGGAUAUCUAUCUAACCUACAAUUUGUUAAAGGGCUGA